AUGAAUAGAAGAGGAGGUAGAUCAGACAGUAAACAAUCAUUGGAUCAGGUAUCCAGUGGUUUUCUUAGUAAUACCAAUGAAGAACCGUCUGCAUUGGUUUCUUCAUCUUCUUCAGGUAAAGUUAGCAAAACUCUAGUGAAAAGUUCUGAUUCUGCUAAUAGAAAUGUUGAUUCUAAAGUGGUUAGAAGUAGGAAGUCAAAAAGGGAAAUUGUUUCAGAUGAGGCUAUUUGUAUAAACAAAGAGUCAAAUUCUGAGGCUUUAGUUGCGUUAACGGCUGGAUUUCCGUCUGACUCGUUAAAGGAUGAAGAAAUUGAAGCUGGGGUUGUUAGUGUAGUUGGCGGGAUAGAACAGUGUAACUAUAUUUUAAUUAGGAAUCACAUUAUUACGAAAUGGAGUGAAAAUGUGUCGAUUUGGCUGACGAAGGAUAUGUUUGUUGAUGUAAUACCUGAACGAUGUAGUGGGUUAUUAGAUUCUGCAUAUAACUAUUUGUUAUCGUACGGGUAUGUUAAUUUUGGGGUGGCGUUGGCAAUUAAGGACAAGAUUCCAACUAGGCCAAGUAAGGGAAGAGUGAUUGUUAUUGGGGCAGGUCUUGCUGGGUUGGCGGCUGCAAGGCAACUGAUGUUAUUUGGAUUUGAGGUAAUUGUUUUAGAGGGACGAAAGCGUGCAGGUGGAAGGGUGUAUACGAAAAAGAUGGAAGGAGGGAAUAAGGUAGCAACUGUUGACUUAGGAGGGAGUGUUUUGACAGGUACAUUAGGGAAUCCACUUGGUCUGUUGGCUCGACAGUUGUCGUAUACACUUCAUACGGUGAGAGACCAAUGUCCACUCUAUCGUGCUGACGGAAAGCCCGUAGACAAGUAUUUGGAUAAAAAAGUGGAGGCUGCUUAUAAUGAGCUUUUGGACAAGGCAAGCAAGGUCAGACAAGAAUUAUCUCCAGUUAUUUCUCUGGGAGAGGCAUUGGAGACUUUGCGAAAGGAUUUUAGUGUUGCGAUGAAUGAUGAGGAGAUGAGCUUGUUUAAUUGGCAUCUAGCAAAUCUGGAAUAUGCAAAUGCAGGUUUGCUUUCACAGCUUUCUUUAGCAUUUUGGGACCAAGAUGACCCCUAUGAUAUGGGAGGGGAUCACUGCUUCUUGCCCGGUGGAAAUGGAAGAUUAGUUCAUGCCCUGGCUGAAAAUGUGCCUAUUAUUUUUGAAAAAACUGUGUAUGCCAUUCGUUAUGGUAGAGAUAGUGUGAAGGUGAUUACUGCGGGCCAACUAUUUGAGGGAGAUAUGGCAUUGUGCACAGUUCCUCUCGGAGUUUUGAAGAGUGGUUCUAUCACGUUCAUUCCAGAGUUGCCUCAGCAAAAACUUGACACAAUAAAAAGACUGGGGUUUGGACUGUUAAAUAAGGUUGCAUUGUUAUUCCCGUAUGUGUUUUGGGACUCCAAUGUUGAUACAUUUGGUCAUGUUGCUGAUGAUUCUAGUUGUCGGGGGGAAUUCUUUCUGUUCUACAAUUAUGCAACAGUUGCUGGUGGGCCCUUAUUGUUAGCUCUAGUCGCAGGAAAAGCUGCACACAAGUUUGAGAGAAUGGCUCCUACUGAUGCAGUAACAAAAGUUCUUCAAAUUUUAAAAGGUAUAUAUGAACCACAAGGAAUUAACGUCCCAAAGCCCAUCCAAAUUGUAUUUACAAGCUGGGGUAGUGAUCCGUUCAGCUUUGGUUCCUACUCCAACGUUGCUGUGGGUGCAUCAGGAGAUGACUAUGACAUUUUAGCAGAAACUGUGGGCAAAGGAAGACUUUUCUUUGCUGGUGAGGCGACUACCAGGCGCUAUCCAGCCACUAUGCAUGGAGCAUUUCUCACUGGGCUUAGAGAAGCUGCAAAGAUGGCCCACCAUGCUAGUGUUAGAACAUCGCAUUUGCAGGUUGAGAAAAAAAAAUGA